AUGGUUAUCGCAGAUUGUUCGACGGGUUCAAGAUCAGACCCUAAACCAGCCAUCUUGUUCAUCCACGGCUUUCCAGCCGAAGGGAUCAUGACAUGGCAAUUCCAGGUCGGAUCACUAGCCAAGAAGCACUCAGACUAUAUACCAGACCUCUUCUUCUUCGGUGGAUCCUACUCAGAUAAAUCGGACCGGUCACCAGCGUUUCAAGCCCAUUGUUUGGUUAAGGGUCUAACUGACCCAAAGUUUCUUCGUAUCCUUGGUGUAGAUAUUUUUUUCCUUGUAGGGUUUAGUUACGGUGGAAUGGUGGCUUUCAAGAUCGUGGAAGAGUACCCUGAGAUGGUUAGGGCCAUGGUGGUGUCAGGGGCCCUGCUCGCAAUGACCGAUACGAUCAGUGAGUCGAAUUUGAACCAGAUAGGGUUUGAGUCGUCAGAGGAUCUCCUGUUACCGACUUCGGUUAAGGGACUCAAGACUCCCUUUGCCCUUGCUGUACAUAAAUCCAUGUGGUUCCCAAACCGGCUCUUUAAGGAUUACCUUAAGUCGUAA